AUGGCUUUGGAUAAAAUAACAACAUCAUUUAUAUCACGAUUCAGUGGGGCUCAAAAUAUUUUAAAAGACUUAGCUUUACUGUCACCUGAGUGUCUUAUUGAAUUUGGAAAAGAUCCCGAGCAAGAGUUACCAAACAAUUGCUUUAAUUAUGUUGCAGAAUGGAUAGAUGGUAUAUCAUUAGAAAAUUUAAAAAAUGAAUACAAAGUGUUUAGUACUAGUGUAGUAUCUUUGCAUGAUGGAAAUAAAUUUCCGGCCAAUCUUCACAACACAUGCAUUAUUGAUGAAACAACAUCAGAAUUAAACCCAGAAACCUUACAAACCAGUGAAUCGGAAAUUGACCAUGAUGAAAGCCAAUCAAUAUAUUUCAAUAAUACUAUUACUGUAUCCAGUAUUUUACAUGUUUUAACAAGUUUUGAUUUAGUAUUUGCAUUCCCAAACUUAUAUCUGGCUUACAAGGCAUUAGGAACAGUACCAGCAUCUUCAGCAUCAGCCGAACGAAGCUUUUCUAAGGUAAAAUUAGUAAAAACGAGACUACGCUCAACAAUGGGUGAAGAACGACUUGAAAGUCUCAUUCUUUUAAGUUGUGAAAAGGAUAUAGAUAUAAAUAUUGAAGAAGCUAUAAACAGAUUUGGUUGUUCUUCGGAUUUACUUAAAUCACACCUUAUGUUUAAAUAA